AUGGUGAGCAGGCGCGCUGUACCAACUGGAAUGCGACCUCGGCAGCUCAAGCUUCGUUUGUCAAAGCUAAACUACAGUGCCACGAAUCCAAAUAUGUACCUCGUCACUCUCCUUGCUCUUGCCUACACCUUCUUCAGCGUCGCCAUCGCCAAGAUCCCGCCCCCAGACUGCUCGAAUUGUCCCGACAUCGGCGCCAAACGCUGCCACUACGCAAACUUCAAGCGUCAGGUCCAGGAGUGCAAAUAUGACACGAAAGUAGCCCAUGGGUGCUGGAAGACAUUCCAGAGUUGUGGCCUACAUACCUGUACCGAAGAUGGCGGAGCACACUGCUGGGAGAACUAG